CAACCCUAAAAUGUGUAAUCCAUCCAUCCAUCCAUCCAUCCAUCCAUCCAUCCAUCCAUCCAUCCAUCCAUCCAUCCAUCCAUCCAUCCAUCCAUCCAUCCAUCCAUCCAUCCAUCCAUCCAUCCAUCCAUCCAUCCAUCCAUCCAUCCAUCCAUCCAUCCAUCCAUCCAUCCAUCCGCCAGAUAUAGACUCUCAGCAGCCAAACUUUGACUACCACGCUGAGGUGGAGGCAUUUGGUACCAGACUGCAGGAGAGUUUCUCUUUGGAGCUUCUGAAGACAGCGUUUGUAAACCCCUGCUAUCUGCAAUCUGAGGAGGAGAGGAGACGGGUGUUGGGGCUCGACGCGGAGACGACAGCCCUCAACGUGAAAGACAAUGGCGAACUGCGGGCACAUGGUCAAAAGUUUACACUAGGUUUCCUUUGUGACUGGUGUGGGGGUAACUAUCCCAGCUUACCUGAGGAGGGUGUGGCAGCCAUUGUAGGUCACCUAAUGGGGUCAGAGGUCAUGUGUUACGUUGCACGGAACCUUGCAGUGGAGGAAUUGACGAUGAGUGCAGAGUUUCCUGUUCCAGAUGACAUUAUGCAGGGAACUUUCUUUGCUGUGAUUGGUGCAUUGGAGCAGAGCAGUGGGUCUAUCAGAGCAGGGCUUUUCAUCAGGGAUUUCCUGGUGACUCAGCUGAUAGGGAAAGAUUUGUUUGACAUGUGGAAAGUGGUUGAUCCCAUGGGACUGCUGGUGAAAGAGUUGACACGAAAAGGUAUGGCUCUACCUGAGCCCCGACUCAUCCGGUCCGCUGGUGCCAGUACCGUCCUACCACUUUAUUUCGUGGGGCUCUACAGUGACCGUAAGCUGCUGGCUCAGGGUCCUGGUGAAACAGUCUUGGCAGCCGAAGAGGAAGCAGCACGUGUUGCUUUGAGAUACUUAUAUGGCUACAAAGAGAACCGCAGACCGUGGGACUUCACAACCCCCAGUGAGCAACUUCAGAACCCAAGCACACAGGCUCUCAGCAGUGGAUAAAUUAUAUCACACCCUCUCCUCCCUCAAAGUAGUGUUUAAACCACACUGACUCACGAUUCCAGGGGUCAAUGUUGUAUCAUAGCAAUGCAGCUGCUUCAGAUUAUUUUCCAGCUGAAGAUUUCUGAAGGUGCCAGCCCAGAAUGUAUUCUGUAUAUUUGACAGCGUCAACCAGAUCAUUAUUGUGAAUCACCUGAAUGUGACCAUGAAUACACAGGAGGGUUCACAGACUAUGGUCAUGAUAGACUGCCUAUUCUUAGUGUUAAACAAUUCAAAAUCCAAUACAUCUAACUUGAGAUCAAUCCGUCUGUUUGGCAUGUGCAAGUUGAUCAAUUAAAUGUUUUUUCUUUCUGUUGCUGUAAACUGUUUAUGUAAAUGUUAAACCUUGGCUGUUAAUAAAAAAAAAGUUUC